AUGUCCACGCUCAUGCGAGAUUCGGUCGCUGGCCAUGCCGUUCGGCUCCUCACCAAGGGCCGAUUCUUCAAAUACGCGGAGAAGGACCCGUCACUAUGGCAGCGAUACACCAAUACCGAGAAAUCAGCUCGCAUGGCCGCUACGGGUCGCACCGAUGGAGAUAAUGCUCCAGAUGAGUAUGUGUUCGCCAACACAGCAUCGGUGCCGGCGAUUACGUCCUCGGCGUGGGACAUCAUGGACAUCGGUUUCAAGGCCUCACGGAAUCCUCAAAACUGGCCACUGGCCAAGAAGGUUUUUGUCACAUUCGAGGUCUGUCUGUUGACCUUCAGUGUCUACAUUGGAAGUGCGAUUUAUACUCCUGGGAUUCCCGCUGUGAUGAAGGAUUUUCAUGUCAGCCAUGUGACAGCAACGCUGGGCUUGACAUUGUUCGUUGCAGGAUACGGGCUAGGCCCGCUGCUCUGGUCACCCAUGAGUGAAGUUCCUUACAUCGGACGGAAUCCAGUUUAUAUCUUCACUUUGGCUGUAUUUUUUGCAUUACAGGUCCCGACAGCCUUGGCGGGAAAUCUAGGGACACUGCUUGCGCUUCGAUUUCUGACUGGAUUCAUUGGGUCGCCUCCUCUCGCUACGGGCGGCGCAACGAUUGCCGACAUGUUCAGACCAGCAAAGCGUGCUUAUGCGAUUGGCAUCUGGGGCAUCAGUGCCGUGUGCGGUCCUGUCAUGGGACCAUUGGUCGGGGGAUUCGCUGCACAGGCAAAAGGCUGGCGAUGGACUAUCUGGGAAUUGAUGUGGUUGUCGGGAUUCUCACUUCUCAUGUUGCUGUUCUUCCUCCCGGAGACAUCGUCAGCGAAUAUCCUGUAUCGGCGCGCCCGCCGACUGCGCCAACUGACCGGAAGAGAGAACCUGAAGUGCGAGCCGGAGAUUGAGAGUGAAGGCCUUACCGGACGGGAAAUGCUCAUGAUUGUUCUGGUCAGACCGUUUACUCUCAACUUCACGGAACCGAUGGUCUUUCUUCUCAAUCUCUACAUCGCGCUCAUAUACGGCCUCCUCUACGUCUGGGGCAUCUACCACUUCAACCUCGGCCAACUAGGCCUUGCUUUCCUGGGUAUCCUCAUAGCCGCUCUCCUGACGAUUCCGCCGUACUACUGGUGGAUGCACAAGUACCUCGAGCCUCAAUUCGACGAAAACGGAAAUAUCCCAUCUGAAGCUCGACUUGGACCUACCGUCGUUGGCGCUUGUUCUAUCCCAAUCUGUCUGUUCUGGUUCGGCUGGAGUGCACGACCGGAAAUCCACUGGAUCAUGCCUAUCAUCGGCUCCGGUUUCUUCGCAGUCGGAGCGUUCAUUCUAUUCAACGCAAUUCUGAAUUAUCUUCCCGACGCGUAUCCAGCUUAUGCGGCGUCUGUGCUUGCGUGGAACGAUCUCUUCCGGUCAGGUUUCGGUGCAGGAUUUCCCUUGUUUGCAACGGCAAUGUAUCAAAACCUUGGGGUGGGAUGGGCAAGUUCCACCCUGGCGUUUUUGUCCAUUGCGUUCAUACCUAUUCCAUUCGUUUUGAUGAAGUCUGGGGCCACGCUGAGGAAGAAAUAUAGUAAGCAUGCACGGAAGGAUAUAUAG